AUGGAUCCAUCCUUGUCCCUAUCUGAUGGUGAAAGUGAUGAUGAGAGCUCAUCAAGUACAGUAAGGAAGACAUAUGUUAUCUUUCGUAUGUUGGAAUUUGCUUCCCAGGCUUCACAAUGGCAUGAAAGACAUAGGGUGAAAGAACCAAGUAUUGAUUACAGCAUAGCACGAGAAAUCUAUCUAAGGCGUCUAUAUUAUGGAAAUGAUAGGGUUUGUAGGGAGCAACUCCGUCUCAAUAAACAUUGUUUUUCUGUUUUAUGUACCAAGUUAAAGGAGUUGGGGAUGAAAGAUUCAAACCAUGUCACGGUUGAAGAAGUAGUUGCAAUGUUUCUUUAUGUCCUCUCUUUUAAUCUGACAAACCGCAAAGUCAGUUUUGAUUUCAUUAGAUCAGGGGAUACUGUUAGUCGAUACUUCAAUAUGGUCCUACAUGCUGUACUAAAACUGGGGAGGCAAUAUGUGGUGCAACCUACAACAGAAAUGGAAGGAUUUGAGGAUGAAAAAUGGGACUGGUUUGAGUCUAAAAAUUUUAAUAAUUAA